AUGCUCAUACUACUCCCAUUAGGAAUUAACCUGGCCUUCGCCAAGUUAUUGGUCGAAAAUGGAUGCAACAUCCUCAUCGCCGACUUAGCUUUGCGCCCCGAGGCCAAAGUGUUAGUCGAAAAGCACUCCUCUGGUCCUGUACGAGCUGUUUUCCAAGAGACAGAUGUCAUGGAUUGGGUCCAGCUCGAGCGCAUGUUUGAGGUGGCUGAAAGGGAAUUCGGCGCUGUCGACAUUGUGUGCCCGGGCGCGGGUAUCUAUGAGCCACACUGGAGCAACUUUUGGCGCCCACCCGGCUCGACCGCAAGCAAAGAUUCCCCUACCAGCGGCCGAUAUGCCCUGGUGGACAUCAAUAUCACCCACCCAAUCCGUGUCACGCAACUGGCCAUUGCCCAUUUUCAAAAGCAUCGACAGAACGGUCGCCUGAAGCACAUCCUCCAUAUUUCCAGUAUUGCGGGACAAAAUGAAUCGUUCUCGGCCCCCAUCUACGUUGCCACAAAGCAUGCCAUCAACGGACUCGUGCGGUCGCUAGGCAAGCUGGAGAGAAUUGGCAUCCGUGUUACAGCAGUCGCACCUGGUGUUAUCAAGACUCCUCUGUGGACGGAUCAUCCUGAGAAGAUAAAAAUGGUGGUUGACAGUUCUGAUGCCUGGGUGACACCCGAGGAAGUAGGGGAGGUGAUGUUGGCGAUGGUACAGCAGGAUCAAGUGAGUGAGAUCAUCGGGGAUCGAUCUGGUCGAGGAAUCCAGUAUCCGGUAAAGGGUGGCACGAUCAUGGAAGUUUCAAAGACGGCAAGGGAGGUAAAACAAUUUAAUGACGAGGGCCCUGGGAAUCGGCCUGGAAACACGGUUUCAGACAUUGAAGCCGUGGAGAACGAGAACUGGGAUCUUUUGAAUCAGAAAGGAUGGGGAUUAUCAAAGUUGUAA